AUGACUCUACGACAAACAAUAGAUUCAAGUGAAGAUAGACGCAAUGAACUACUACUGUGGGUAAUGAAAAAGUUGGAUCGGAUACUGACUGAUGAAACAGAAAGCAGUGAACAAGAAUGUGCUAAAAUCUACUCAGAAUUGGAUGACUUUAUGAGAUAUUGUGCCUCAUUAUCGACAUCUGAAUUAGAAUCUCACUACAUUUCUAUUCGAAUCUCCAAAUUGUAUUCGGUUCUUCUAACGAAGCUAGCACCUAAUUCACCUGGUAAGUUAUUUGACACUGCCGAAUUAAUGACCUAUAUUCUUUGCGAAGAAGAAGUGUCUAAAGAAGAGCAAGAAGGUGAAAAAUCAAAGAAGAAAUCCAAGUCUUCAAAUAAGACAUAUACCUAUUCAGCUGCCAAAGAUUUAGCUGCUACUAUUCUUAUAGAGCUGUUUGAAGUCUUUGGUGACGAUAUAUCAUCAUUAGGCCCACUAAUCUUUAGUGUAAUAUUCAAAAAUUUGAAGAAAACCAACGAAAAGAGUAAGUAUCAUCAUGCAACCUAUAUGGUUACUCUUCUACAACUGUUCAACUCCAUUCUCAGAGGUUGUGGGGAGACUAUUCUCGAUUCAGCUUCAGCAGCCAAAUUCUCCAAAUUGUCAAAAAUUAUCUUUGAAGACAUGUACAACAAGGAAAAGGAAUAUCCCGUUGAUUUCAUUUCUCUCAUAAUGGAUAGUUGGGCAAUUGCCUUCAGGCAAGAAUCGCUGGUGAAAGAUCAUCUAGAUGACUUAUCCUCCUUUAUAUAUACAAAACUUUGCGAAGGAAAGCUUGGAAUUUAUUGUUUUUCAAACGACACUACCAGAAUCCAUGCUGCAAAAACCAUUUCAGAAGUUCUAUAUUUUUAUUAUUCAAAAAAGCUUCUACAGUUCGAUGACGCUAUAAACUUCUAUGUUAGAAUGUUUUCAAAUGCAGGCGCAAGAGAUCUUAAAACAGGUUGUGUAGAAUCUUUGAUAAAUUUCAUAACACUUUGUUAUGCUUCAGACUCAUCAUUUCUGAACGGUUGCAAUUACUUAUACGUAAUAACUACGCUUAGCGAUAUAUUUACGGAACAUAGAACGAAGCAUAAGAGAAUAAGCUCAAUAACAAGAGAUCUAGAAUACAUCAAUUAUGUGCACGAUUUAAUUUUACCACAUAUCACAGAGUCAUCAAAAUCCCAAAUUCUUCUUCAGUUAUUGAACUUAAGACCUAAUCACACUCCUCAAUCAGGUAGAAAAAUAUUAAAUGUCGAUACCUCUUCAAACCACUGGAUUAUGUUGUUACAACUGGACUUAAUAAACAAGCUUAUUAAUUCUCUCUCAACAUCUUUUUCUGAUGAUGAAACUAUUAUAUUAAACGCCAAAUCACAGCUGAUAAGGUUGGCAACGUCAGAAAACUAUAUAAUAAGAAUUCAUUCUAAUGUUGUUUUGAAAAGCUUCAUAAAACAAUAUCCUCGAUUCUUGUCGAAAAUAUUACAUGAUUCGCUGGAAAUACUCUCUACAAAAUUUAAUGACACUGAGGAUUUUAAUUUCUCAAACUUACAUGGACAUACUUUUAUUAUUGCAAAUUUGAUAGAUUUGGCUACAAAGGAUUUUGUUUCCUACGAACUAGUUAUGAGGAUCACUGUUUUUGCAACCGCUUUUAUAAAAAAUAAUACCACCUCUACUGCAUCCAAUUCUUAUUUUAAAGGCCUCAUAUGUUGGAUAUUACUAACAGGACUGAUGAACUAUAAAGAUGACGAAUAUUUGGAUGGACAAAUGUCUCAACUCUUUUUAUUUUGGAAGGUAUUACUGAAUCAUACAUUUAAAUACAGCGACGACGAAGUUCUUCUGAAAAAUUUGGAGUUGAGGACACACGCCCUUACGUGUCUUUUGAACUACCUUAAUAAUGCCACAAUUGAUGCCGAUACUGCUAAGCAAGUUUCAUAUUUGCUUACGAAAUGUUCCAACUUCAAUCACUCAAUUAUGCUAAAGUCAGCAAGCAUUGAUAAGGCAUUAUUGAGCAACGAAAAUAGAAUUUUGCAGGUUUAUUUGAAAAUACAGAAGUUAUUGAAACAAGAGUUUAAUAGUUCUCUAUUAAUAUUAUUAACAAAAAACUUUACUAAUCCUAAUUUAUAUAUUGAAGACUCACAGUCGACUUUGGAGACAAUGAAAAGUAAAUUGAAGAAAGGAAGAUCUAAAGAUGAGUUCGAUGAGGAGCUCGUGGUGGAUACAACUAUUGAUACUUUAUUGCGUUUAAAUAGCGAUUUUGCAUACGGUAUUUCUAGUAAAAUUAGUUCCAAUGGUAUAGUUAACUUAAGCUAUAAUAUAUCUCACAAGGUUCAUUCUGGAAUCACUGGAAUCUGGCCGGAAAAUGAAAAGUAUUGGUUUAGUGGCCUCGAAUCAGAAGUAUGCAGGCCCAUCUCACGAGUUUUAACGUAUGAUAGCCUCGUCCUAUUAUUUGGUGACAAAUCUUAUGCUGGUGGAUCAGAAUAUUUACCAAAAGUUACCACGUCAUUGAUCGAUUUUUCUAUGGAGCUUUUUUCUUCUAUUUUCCCGUACCUGAAUAGCAACAUUCAGUACUCAGUUAUUGAGAAUCUAAAACUCUCAUUAUUUUCAAAGUCGACUUCUAAAUUUAGAAGUGUCGCAAUAGCUGCAAAUGUCUGUGCUGCUCUGCAUAACUCUCUCAAGCUUCUGGAGCAGGGUUCUCUAUGGUUGGAAGCUUCUGUAGGUAAUUUGAUUUUGGAUACUAUCAAGCAGGUUGGCUUUCAAAAUGAUAUAUAUAUAACUAAUUUGAAAGCUGAUAUUGUGGGUCUAACAUGUGCUGCCAUUGUAAAAAGAUUGGAAGCUUCUAAUAAAGCGAGGUUUAUAGAGGAACAGGUAUCUGUACUUACAAAGGCUAUCGUUGACAAAGAAGAGCCUUUUUCCAGAGUACUGAAUGCUCUUUCUCUGGUUGCAAUUUACAAAUACAACUCUCGUGCGUGCAAGUUCGACACUAUCUUCGAAGUCAUUAUUGCUUUGAUAAAUGAUCCUCAUCCAAUUGUUCAUUCGUGGGCACUAAGGGGUCUUCUCAUACUACUCGACAAACAUCUAGUCAUUAACGUGGCGACAAUUUCUCAAAUCAUAACUAAAACAAAUGAACUAUUACUUGACCAAACAUAUGGUAUUUUUGGUGCAUCCACACUGCGCUAUAAUUACAAUAAACAAUUCAAUUCUCAUUCCAUUUUGAUCGGGAUAUUGAAGAUACUUACCGAAAAGAUGGGUCCUAACUAUUCUGAUUUAAGCGAGAAAGAGAUGAAUACUUUCAAAGCUAUUAUUUUGAGUUCACUUGUUUCAGCCAAUAUUUGUGACAACGUUUCGAGCCUGAAAAUCUAUGAAACUUUGUGCACUUUCAAAUUAGAUAAAAUUUUCCAUCACCGGGUAUUUAUAUCUGCAGCAGAGAAAAUUAUUGAAGGUGCACUACUUCCGUUGAUUGGUGUAUCUGGAACGAACCCAUUUUUUAUAACUGGAAAAAUACCAUUUCCUCAAACUGCCAGCUUGGAAAGUGCAUUUGCUUGCUUUUCUUUAUUUAUCCAGUUGUUCAAACUAGGUAGGGGGGAAACAUUCAAGGACUCUAUGGAAAUACUUUCCUGGAGGUAUUUAUGUAUUUAUCCUUUCUCCCCAGAAAUUCGAGAAUAUUUUGAAGAAUGGCUUCUACACAGCACGACUAAAGGUACUUGGAUAGAUAAGCUGCAUAAAAUGUAUGAUACACCAAUGGAAAAAGUCUUCAAAGGAUAUUUUAAUUCUAUACAGUCACAAUUAAUGUCAAAGGAUGCCAAUAGACCUUUAAAAGAAGAAACAUUUGCGGAAGAACAGAUCGCUAUUACUGAGCCCAAUACGUCAAGCUCGUCUAGCACUGAUACGUCAAGUUUUGAUUAUCUACAAUGGCAGUCAAAGGAGAUAAUUUUGAAGCUAAUUCUUAAACUCUGCUUUGAAUCCCACAUUGAUCCAACUUUAUAUAGCCAAUUGGCUUCAAAAAUUGAUAGUCUGGUUAAAAUUUCCUUCCGAGCCGCAGUUUGUAAUAUCGAAAUAUUGAAGACCCUUGGUCUAAAAACACUAGAUCAGAUUUUAAGAUUAUUCUCUGUACUGAAAGAUUCAGAAAAUCCAGAAAAAUCGAUAUUGGAAAGCCAGGAGGCUCAGAUAAGUAGUUCCUUGAUGUCCGCUUUCUUUAUCGGAAGUUCUCCAAAUGUCAUGGUAAUGGCAAUCAAUAUCAGUUCAGAAGUGCUCACCAAUAAUCUUAUGCCGUCAAUAUCUUCCAGUAGGAUAUCCCAACUUUUGAUAAAAUUAUUGGAAAAUCUAAAUCAUGACGAGGGUUGCAUAACUAUAGGUGAAGCACAAGUGACCGCAAAAAGAGCCAUCAGAAAAAUCCAACUAGCCGUACUCAAUUCAUGGGCAAGACUAAUAGAAUAUUCAAUAUCUAAUGAUAAUAAAGAAAUUAUAAUGUUCUCAACAAAGUAUUGGACAACAUUAAUCCCUCUGUGGAUUGUGUCAUUGAGAGAAUUCAUGAUGAUAACACAUGGAGCAAGGGCCAGAAAACAGAUUAAUGAUAGCAACAAGGAUGAAAAUUUGCCAGAAUCAAAGAGGUCAGAAAUGGAGUUAUACGAGCCGGUUUGGCUAAACUUUGUAAAAGUUCUGGGGGCAAUUUUACAAACCGACGCUAAAAAAAUUUCAGACUAUUUGGAUAAGGAAGAAUUGGAAAGUUUUAGCUUUGUUUUGGUCGCGAAGUGUUUCGAUAUUAUAUCAAAGGAAACAGAAAAUACUAGUAAAGUUGUCGAAGUUCUUUCUGCAUUACAUGGUAUCGAACAAAACAACAUAUUAUUGAAUGUUUUGUUAUCUGAAACUAUAAACUCUGAAGUCAUUUCUAUAUUAGAUAGAUUAAUAACUACAGGUACUUACAAGGAGAAGCUCAUAGUCAUCGAUAUAUUAUCAGACACUAUUAGCUCCUACUCAUCAAUAAGGUCGUCGCAGGAAGAUUUUUUAAAGGAUAUCGAUAAGCUAUAUGAAUUGUUGAGACUACUUAUUUUGAUUAUAUCAGGGCUACUUCCUUUUAUUAGAUAUGACUUGGAUGAAAACUCCUCAACGGUGGUAGACCUAUCAUCUGAGAAUAUUACUCUGUUGAAGAAAGCUAUCAAAGCGGUAGAAAGAAAUAUAAACCUUUUCGACAAAAUGUUUAAGAAUGACUUAUAUUCUUGCUUGUUGUUUAUUAUUGGCAAAAUUUACAACUCUAAUGUCCAUAAUGCAGUAAUACCCGUGGUUCUUUCUCUACUAAAAUCCAUUGUUAGCGAUCUAAUGAGCGACCCAAACACUAAGUCCCUCAUCAACGUAUUUUAUAGAUCAAUUAGGGGCGCUAUGUUCAAAAAAGAUAUGAACCAUGAAAACACGAUCGCAACUUUUUUAUUACUGCUAAAUGGUGGUUUCAAUAAAUUCAAACUAUCCGAUCUGACCGUCUUUGCGAAAUUACUUAUAACUAAUUUAAAUUCUCCUUCAAAUGAGAUGCUAUGCAAACGUGGCUUCGAAAACCUGGUUAAAAACUAUGACAAUUCUGUAUACUAUCAAGCUAUGAUUAAACUUAUCAUCAAAGAAUUUUUUGAUAUUGAAGUUGAGAGUAUUUCUAGUGUACAACUUGAGGUGGCAUUGCGAUUUUUUGUUGAGUACACUGGCUUGAUUUCUGAAUCUGCACCCUGCAAGCUAAAAUCACUGUACCUGUUGUACUUAUUUUUCAUUGCAAAAUUUAAGAAAUUAAUUGAGAAGACCUCGAUGACUUGCAAAGAGAACAUCGAAAGAGUAUACCUAUUUAAUUCCGAAGUCUUUAAAGAGGCGAUUAAACUUAUAAUGACGACAGAUAAAAAAGAAGAGAUACGAGAAUUAAUAAUAGAGGCUUCAUUAGAUAAUAACACUCAAACUAGCUCUUUGGAGCUGAAAGAAUUUAUUUAA